GAUUCGUAAUAUAUAGCUCUACUAAAUGUAUAUCAAUUAGUAGUCCUACCCAUCUACAACUAGUCUUUUUCCAAUUUCUUAAGGCCAAAGCCACAAAUCUUUCCUAUAAACAAGGAGCUGAUUGUUGAAUAUCUUUAUAUAAUCAAGGCAGUCUACUUACUCCUUUUUGAAGCUGCCAUUAAUGCUUCAUGUUACACAACUAGUAUAUAUAAUCACCUUCACUUAUUAAGGUAAUUAGCUGCAUUGAGCCCAAAACAAAAGAAAAAAUAAUAAUGGCUUCCAAAGAUGCAAAUGUAGCAGCCAUCUUUGGGGCGACAGGACUUGUGGGGAAGGAGCUAGCCAGAAGACUGCUUUCGCGUGGCUGGAAGGUGUACGGAGUAGCCCGUCGGCCGGACACCUCGAUGGCCACCAUCGGCGGUGGUGGCCAUCGCAGGUACCACUUCGUGUCGUGUGACCUCCUAGACUCUUGCGAGGCUCGAGACAAGUUGUCUCGAAUAAAUGACGUGACCCACGUUUUCUGGGUCACGUGGGCUAGCCAGUUCUCACUGGAUAGCCCUGAGUGCUACGAGCAGAAUAGGGCGAUGAUGGCUAAUGCCCUCAUCGCCAUCCUCCCAAAGGCGGGGCGCCUUAGGCACGUUUCGCUCCAGACGGGGGCGAAACAUUACAUCUCACUACAAGGGUUGCUGGGCGGAGAAGUUGGUUGCUACAAUGAGGAGUCGCCGAGGGUGAAUAUAGGCCAUAAUUUUUAUUAUGGCCUUGAAGAUUUGUUGCAAGAAAUGUUGCCAUUGUAUAAAGUGGCUUGGUCUAUUCAUAGGCCAGGAUUCAUCAUUGGUAGCUCUAGACGAGCUUACUAUAACUUGAUGGGUACUAUAUGUGUUUAUGGGACUAUAUGUAAGUAUUUGAACCUUCCAUUUGUGUUUGGAGGCACCAAGAGGUGUUGGGAGGAGAUGUACAUUGACGCCUCCGACGCCCGCCUCGUGGCGGAUCAGCACGUCUUCGCUGCUACCCGCCACGAGCAGGCCGUGGAGGGCCGAGCUUAUAAUGCAAUAAACGGUGAAUAUUUUACUUGGAAGGAAAUCUGGCCCUCUAUCGGGGCCAAGCUAGGGAUAGAAAUGCCCGAAAAAUGCACAUUUUCGGGUGAUUUCGUGUAUUCCCUAGCUAUGGAGGGUAAGGAGGGAGUUUGGAAUGAAAUUGUUGCAAAAGAGGGGCUUGUGGACACUGAGAUGAAUGAUUUGGCAAACUGGGAUUUCUUGGAUCAGAUGUUUCGAUGCCCAUUCAAGAUGUUGUGCAGCCGCAGCAAGAUUGAUUUGAUUGGAUUCAAAAGCAGGUAUCAUGUUUUGGAUUCGAUGGUUUAUUGGAUUGAUAUGAUGAGGGAUGAUAAAAUAAUCCCAUGAUAGAUCAAUGAGUCAAUCAAAUUAGCUAGAGGUGUCACGACUGAUUCCACAUAGAUUUGUGCUACACCACUAAUUUGAUUUGGGCUUCUUGACAUUUGUUAUAAAUGAUAGGGCAUAAACAUGUAUAUUUAUAUGGGAUUUAAAUAGUAUGUGUUGUAUCUGCC